AUGGCAGCUUUUCAAGCUGAAACCUUCGAGGACUUGCACAGGGUCGUCGCGCAGCUCGCAAGCGGAAAUGAUUCUUCGGAGGCCGAGGCUUUCGCAGAGCUCCGGCAAUGCAAGGAGGCAUUGUCCAAGCCUUUCACGUUUCGGAGCCGCGAGGAUACGAUGGACCUACCGAGCUUGGCUCGCAGUAUCAUGGCGGAGAGGCCGAGGCUGGCAACAGAACACUUGGUGAAGCUGGUUGACGAGGUUAGUCGCGUGCUGCGCUUGCACCAGAGUGACUGUUGCACGCUGGUGGAGCGUGCUUUGUCUCUCGGCGUGGCCCUGCAAGAGGUGCCGAGGAAAUGUGCUGCCAUCUUCUACCGGGAGUGCCACUUCCAGGCCCUCUGCCUUCACGACAUGGGCCAGGGCCUGGCCCAGAACCCGCCGCGGAAGUCCAGCCUGGCAUUCUUCGGCCUUCUAGGAGGCCGGCGCUGCAUUGCAUCGCUUUUUGAAGCACUGGGCUUGCUCCUGCGCGAUUUGACGGGUGAGCGAGCUGGAGACCAGGUCUUCCUCGUCCAUGCCGGCACGAUGAUCCAGCUCCUGGUGGAAACUCUGCUGGCCUAUUUCACAACGUUUCAAGCGACGGUGGAGGAGGCGGAGCAGGUCCUCUCCUUGCUGCCGCACGUGGUCACAAGCCAACAUGCUCCAAUCGGCCAGGGCUUCACGGUGUCUGACCUGGACCUGGUCUUGAGGGAGGAGCACAACGAUGUGAGCAUCAAGCUUUGUCUGGUCCUGGUGUGCAUGUGCCACUCGCAGGCCUCCGGUGAUGCGAAGCUGGCCCCGGCAAAGCUGCGUGACGACGUCCUGCCAUCGCAGAUCAGACUGCAGGACAUGGCUGCAGAGGCAGGGAGCUUGCUGUUGGGCCCGUUUGGUCAGAAGCUCCGAGCAGGCAACUACUGGAAUGAGGAAAGCCAACUCGGCCAAUUUUUAUGUUUUGCCAUCAGCGGCGUUCUGCUUGAAGAUGAUCAUGCGCUUCGUGGCGGCUACGUGCGAUGGCACUUUUUCCAUUUCCUUCUUCAUGAGGUGUUAAUGUCAGCAGUGGCUGUACCAGACACCUGCACUGGCUUGUUGGUGCUGCGCUGUGUGAGCGAACUUCUCCAGCGAGCACUGCUUCCGGUUGGGCGACGAUGGACAGCAGUGAAAAAGCUGGAAGCGCAGGCUGUGCAAAUGCGCCUGCUGACCCCCGACAGCCUUCAAAUUUCUGCACUUCAAGUGCUGAACCGGUUGUGUCGUCUACACCCACCAGCUUGCGAGAUUUUCCGCGAUGUCGCAUUGCAGUGCACGGAUUCAUUCCACUUGACGCACCGCCAGAUGGAAGGCUUCAGCCCCUGGUCCACGGCUGUUCCAGACCAAGUUCGCAACGGAGCGGUGUCGCCCUUUGCAGCAAAUUCAACGCAGUCCACGGCGCCAAGACAUGACAACACCAUGUUGUACGCUGAAAUUCUGGAUCUGGUUGCCACCAUUUGUGCGAGAGGGUCGUUGCAGACCGCGAGCCUCGUGUGCCAGAAGCUGCUGUCACAUAGCAACCAGUGGUUCAACUGGAGUUUCCUGCUUGACACUUUGAUGCAGCAUGCCCGAGUUCCUCCAAGCACCUCUGGAGGUCCUGGGCCGUCGGCCGGGGAUGCGAUGGUCAUGGCUUUGUGCAGACUUGUGUCUGGUGCCUGUGGAGGUCGAUUACUGGUCAUGCAGCCAACCAUGCAGCCCAUCGCGAACAGUCUAAACUCAGGGGUGGCCUCUUCUCUCGGCGACCCGUGGGGACGAGCGGAAAACCUCGCGGGCAUCUUGGUCGAUGUGCUCAGUGCACAUCCAGAACCAGCUGUCAAAGCUGCUUGCUUGGGUGCGUUGGGCAACUUGGACCUGCCUCCUCCUCAAGUGAGCAGGAACAUAAUUUCCUCCGUCUUGAUGGCCGUUCCUAGCCUUGUUCCCUUCGUCGAACAUCCACGCGUUUGUGAUGGUGCGGUCGCCAUUGAGCUGCUGGCCUGUGUGAUUCGCUUUCUGCAGGCCAUCCCGAUCAGCAAGGGCCGCUAUGGCUUGGACCUGCAGCCGCUCACGCAUGUGGUGAUCCACCAGGUGCUGUUGAAGGCCCUUGCCGAGCCAUCUGCGUUUCGAAGCAGCUCUCGGUACUGGAGACUGGCAGCAUUGACGUUGCGCUGGCUUCGUCUUGUGCUGCGUGGACCUUUGCCGAUGAGCACUUCCUCCAGUCUCAACGCUUUGAUUGUGAGGCCGUACAGUGACAGCGACAGCACCGCAGCCGAAGUAUCCAUGCGUUGCGCUGCGGGCAACGCCACAGCCUAUGCGUUCAGGUGCUUGCUGAGCUUGGACUCGCCUGUCUUCGCUCGAGUGUUGUAUCUCACGACGCUCCAGGGGCAUGCAAUGGACGGGCUCACAAAUGGAAGAAGAGCAGGUGCCUCUCAAGCAUACCUGGAACAGUGUGCUCGACAUGGCCUGGAUGUUGUCCGCAUUCUGCUGCAGCGAGACGUGCUUUUCUCCCGCCUACACGCGCAAAACACCUCUGAGCGAGCUCUUUCCAGCAUGUGGUCUGGUGCGGCAUUCCUGCAGGACGGUCCGAUUCUGCCGACUCAUCGCCUACUCCUGGCCGAGUUUGCAUUCACCUAUCCACCUGGAGGGUCAGGCCGUAGCAGCUCCUUCUCUGCCUUCAACCCGUUUUGGUCACAGAGGCCUCAUUUCGAGCAGACGGAGUCGCCAGAUGCUUCGGCAGGAAGCAGGCGACACAAUCCCAGCUACCUGGCACUGCUUUCCGAGUUCGUGGGCGUUCGUUCACGCAACGGCAUCGGACGACUAGCGCUCUUCGUCUUCAUGCAAUGCUCCUACCGCGAGCCGCAGCGGGCUCUUCGGCUGCUGCAACUGGAGCCUUGGCGGCUGGUGGCCCUCAGUGCCGCACUCUACGAUCGCAUCGUGGAGCCUGAUGAGGGCGAGGCAUGCAAGGAGGCUCUGGCCGCUGCGAAGUCACAAGGCAAGACGUGGGACAAAAGCACGGAAGCUUACUUCAUGCACGAGGCCAUGGAGAUCGAUGCAUCUCCUGACUUCUGCCAUUUGGAUGUCACCUCCUUCGAAACUGCUCUGCCGCUCUGCCGCGCCGUCGAUCUGCUACAGCAGCUUGCAGAAGAUUCGGUGGUUCAGGCUGCCGACAUUUCAGUGUGGGCUCGGGGCUCCUCUGCUGAAGGAUCGGAUGCUGGCGCGUCGAGUUUGAGGGGCUGUGCAUCUUCGGAUGCGUCGCUAUUCAGAGCAGCCUACUUGCGAGGCUUUGACAUUCCAGCCCAUUGGCUCUCGCACGGAGCCACUUCAUUGAUGGCCGUCAUCCAGAAUGAAAACACGGUCCAACUGCCCUUUGCUGCCUUGGCAGCAGAGUCCAGCCGAUCCUUGACCCUGCGCUUCUUUCUUCUCCUCCUUGGAGAUACCACGACCGACAGCUCUGCGCCAUCCCAAAGCCUCACGCAGCUCCUCUUGGGACUCGAUCCAAGUGGCGAAUCUUCAGGCUUCGUCGAUAUCGACCAGGGGAGGGCCGGAAAUCCAUCGGCCCUUGAUGCACUGAUGCUGCUGUUGGAGAAUCCUCCCAGCUUGCCAGCCUGGAUCGACAGCGGUGCUCCAAGGUCAUCGAGUAGGGCCUUGCAGCCCCGCAGUGCCACACAGCCAGAAAUCCAAGAGGCGAUUCGGAACCACUCAGCCUACGAAGCUUCCUUGUCUGUCGUUCUGAGCCUCUUGGCCAUGCCGGCGCUCCGAGACGUGGUCUUAAGGUACAUGUGCCACGCAUGGACCUCCCGCUAUCGCGUCUUAAAGAGCCUCUUGGCCGUUUCAUGGUCCUCGUUGGCAACCUCGCUCCAGCGCAUCCUGCUCUCUGAAGCCGCGCUGAUCCUCCAGGUCUGUGCUUGGGAGAUGCGUCUGGUGUGGCCUUCUGGCCGUCCACCUAUGGAACAUCUCGAUACCACGGCGGAUAUCUUGGGACAACAGCGAUUGGACAUGAAGAUGAAUGUUUCGGAGCACUUGCAGGAGGUGGUCUGCGAUCUCAUCUCUCACAGCGACAGUGGGCUUUCAGGGCACACGAGCAUGCCGUACCUGGUAAACGCAGCUUUGCGCCUCGCCGACGCCUGCGACGUCGUCGACGCGGUUGUUGGCUCCGCGGCCUUGCAGGGGUCGGACUCCGUGCUGUUCGGUCGAGAUGCCAUGCAGGAUCAGCUUCGAGCCUCGACCUGCCAGUGCAUGGCGCCCGCGAAAGCGGGGGGUGCGCUGAGCCGCAAGCUGGAGCUGCAGGACCCGCAUCUGCUCUUGCACCUGUCCGGACUCAGCUAUCUGCUCAGCGCAACGGAAGCCGAAGGUGAUCGGUCCCGUUUCGCCGCAGACCUGCAGCUGCUCUGCUCUCGUAACGAAUAUGCCUGCAUUGCCUACUACACCGAGUGUGCAUGCAGCGGGUUGACAACCUUCGUAUCAGCGGCUCUUUCCCACUUGGUUGGCAGACCCCGGGCGAUGAUCGGAAGUACCGAAUCUGAUUCAAGGGCCCAGGCUGCCAGAGCUCACUUGGAGGCUCUGCUCCCCGCCAUGGCUGCCGAAGAAGCUGGCGCAGAAGCACCCCGAAGACUCGAGCUCCUCUCAGGACUGGCGACAGCUUUCCUGGCUGCCAUGAUCGAGCGAUCCAAGGCUCCGCCCCUUGCCUUCGUCCGGCGGGUGUACGUCUUGCUGAGCGGAGCAUUGGUUCGACCUCUGGCGGUGUCUCGCGAGUCCCGCCGAAACUUGCAGGAGGCGUUGCUGGUCCUACUUCAGCGGAUGCUGCCGGACCAGGCACUCGAUGUCGCCAUGGGAUUUCAGGUGCCGGACCUCGAAGCCGAGGAGGCGACGGAGCUUGCCAGACUGGUCUCCUCCCUAAUGGCUGCCGAGAUGGCCGAAGCAGAGCAUGUUGCCGAGUCCGACCCGAGCUCAAAUGGACCUGGAGUCUCGCUUCCCCUCCUAUGUGCCCUGAUGACACGGGUGCCUGCAAGGCAGCUCUCUACAGUUUUUUCUGGGCUAUGGCGGCAACUCACGGAGCUUAUUCAGGCGGGAUCGCAAGCGUCCCUUCGAGAUGCCAACUGCCUUCGGCAUCUGCACGGCAGCGCUUUGGCGGCGAUCCUUUGCCAGUCACCCGAAUCUGCAAGUGCAUUCUUCGAAGCGGGAGGGCUGUCUGCAGUGCUGCGGCCAGAGAUGCUGCAAGGCAGGAUGCGACUGGCCCCAGCAGGGCUGCACGCCUUGGACACGGUUCAUCCGGCUGCCCUGGUGUCUGUCUUGCAGGUGUUGGUGGCAAUGCUUGGUGUUUUACCCACGCACAACCUGGUGCUACAGAGUGCCUUGCAGUGGCUUGAGAGGCAUCUGCAGCCACUUCUCGACGUCAUGCAAUGGGUGACCCGGCUGCCUUUCACUACGUCCUCAGAGCCGAGAGCACGAGUUGGCGGCGCAAGUCCCAGCAGUGUGGUGGCAGCCCUGGCCGCGAGAACUGGUCGGAGUGCGGGCAGGGAAGGCCCGGAUGCUAUGUUGGUAGUCUGCAGGUCUCUGCAGAAUCCACAGACUUCCGCUACUACACGAGACUUGUGCGUGGACGGGCUUGCCUUCUGGCUCAGCGGGCGCUGCUCCAUGAGCAGUGGCUCGUCCGUCGGUGCGGAUGACAAGUAUGCCGACGGCAUCGCACUCUGCCACCGCUGUUUGGCAUUGUUUGUGGAGCUGUGGUCACUUGUGCAUGUUUCCGUGGCGCGCAGAAGGAAGUAUGCUGCUGGAAAGGCAGAUGUUUAUCAAGCCCAGCUACAGAAGCUGGAGCCGAUGAUCCAUGCAGCACUUCCAGGGCUUUUGAUGCAAGUUGCAAGUGCUUCCGCGCCAGACCCGGACAGCAUGUCGGAUGCAGAUGGCAGUGCUGGUAACACAAUGCUGCUUGAAGCUCUGAGGCCAGCGGAAGUGACCCAGCACAGAAUCAUCUCCAACAUUUUGCAGAUCUGGAGAUAUGACAGCAUCACCCAACACAUAAAGAUGCUCGCCACCAAAAACCCCCAAGCGCAGCCAAGCGCGCAGAGUGCAUGGUCACUCUGGCAGCAAGUGCAACAAACAGGGCCUUUUCAACAGGUCACGCACGGAUCUGGGAUGUCCCAGUCUAUCGUCGGAGAGGUGAAGGUCCGCUCUGGCGUGUUGUGCGCCGUCUUCGUGCAUGCUUGCUGCAAAUUCUUGAGCCUCAGACUUUCUGAUCCGCUCCCGGUGGGCAGCGAGGGAGAGACCCUUGCUUCUCUCGAAGCGACUGUGGAUGGACAAGGCGGACAUGGCGAGCAGCUGCACUUCGACGGUGUUCCUGCCACAUUUACCCAAUUGCUUUACGUUGUAGAGAUUUCUCUACAUCUCCUCUGCCUGCAUCUGAUGCUGCUGACGACGGUCGCAGACCUGGACGGGGCGCCAACGGUUUCUGCCCAGACUCCGCCGACACCUGGGCCACGACUGGCGAUCGUCGGCCAGUACCUUCGCUUGCUCAUCGAGUUUGCAGCCGCCUCUGGAGGAUCCGUGGCCCUUGUGGCCAGGUGCCCGAGGACCUGCGACCUUCCCAAGACGGUCUCCAACCUGGCCUUUGCAGCCAGCGCGGCGUCUGCGGCUGAGAAGCUGGUGGCCCAAAUGACUGCCAUGACUUUUUUGGAUAUGGGCAUGCGUGGCAUUCGGAACGUGCUUGCAUGUUGGUUCAAGCAUCAGACCAAAUAUGACCACGAUUACAACCAGCGGCUCGGUGCACUUUGGCAGUUCCCUGCCCACAAAGUGGCCUUCUACGAGCUUCUGCUGCGCCAGCUGCAGGAUGAUGGCUUCGAGUCUGAGGUGCAGGCCUUAACCUCACAGCUGCGCUUGCACCCAAACAGCCGGGUUGACAAGGAUGCCCUGCUGGAUGUCUAUGCCAAAAGCUUGAAGUGGGCCUUCGGCGACGAGCCUCGAGGGGAAUGGCAGCCUCUGCACUGUAUACCUGUGCCACCGCUCGGUCCGCAGGAGAAGGUGCUCGAUCUCGAGGGAAAGCCCAUACAAAGUAGCGGUCCCCCACAGGCCCCAGAUCCCACGAAGAAGCCUCCAGAAGUCAGGCUGCUGUAUACCGCCUCGCACAAGUCGCACUGCCGAUCUGUGGCGUUCUCGACAGAUGGACGCUUCUGUGCCACCGGAUGUUCCGACGGCAGCAUCAAGAUUCUAGACACCGCCAAGAUGCGGGUCUGUGCUGCCAGCACGGAGGGACCUGUCGGCAGAAUGCGAGUGACCGAGGAGGAGCUGAUGAAGCCAAUCGUCCGCACCCUCCAGGAUCACAUCCAGGGCGUCACGUGCUUGGCAUUUCAUCCAACGAAUCCGACAUUGUUCUCUGGCUCAAUGGACAAGGCAGUGAAGAUCUUCGACUUGACCCGACCGCCGGGCCACAAGAAGGCGUUCUCCGUACUUCAGGAUGUUCAUGCUGUGAACAGCAUAUGCAUCCAUCCCUGUGGGGAUUUUCUCUUUGUGGGGACCACUCACCAGGCAGUUCGUCUCUACGACCUGCAGACGUUGAGCUGUUUCACGACAUCUCGUCAAGACCAGCACCACACAGCAGGAAUCAACGAUGUUCGCUGUACGAGCGAUGGUAAGGUUUUGGCAUCCGCGUCUGCUGACGGAGGCAUCAAGCUCUGGGAUGCAGUCACCAACAGCGUCAUCAACACGCUGCCGAAGGCUCACAGUGGAUCUGCCGUGUGCUCCGUACGAUGGAGCCGCAGUUUGCGCUACCUGCUGAGCUGUGGCCAGGACGGAAGGCAGCGACUUUGGGAUGUGCGGAUGGGUCGAGAGGUGUUCUGCAUGGGCUUUGGAGCACGUUCCGCUGACACUGGCACGGCAGUGUUCUUGAAUGGAGAGAAGUACAUCGCAGCUUGCAACAGCAAUGUGAGACUGAGCGAUGUCAGUCUCUUCGAUGCCACCACAGGUUCACCCGUCUUUAUGAAGCUGGGAAUGCACAACGUCCCAGUUCUCGGGAUCGAGGCUUCACCUGUGGACAGGACGAUCAUGACGGGGUGCGAUGAUGAGAAAGCAAGAUACUUCAGCAUUGAGGAGCGUCUGUGA